AUGCUCCGCCGACUGAUGGCCGGAAACGGUCGACAUGCCGUGCGAUGUGUGCUACCUGACGCACAAAUGACAAAUUUACGUCUGCACACGACGAUUACCACGGGAAGGCCGACAAACACAAACACGAAACCAAGACGCCGACAUAUGCAGUCGCCUUCGACGUCUACGGAAGAGGAGAACCUUUUGCGAGAGAGCUCCAAACUUGCGCAGCAACUGAAAGCUUUGGAGGGGCUAACGAGACAAGUGCAAGACUCAAUCAAGGAGAAGGAGAAUGAGAUGACACGAAAAGACGUCACGAGGGAGACGAGUGUGGGCAUUGCCGGAGGAAACGACAAGGCCGAUCCAGUGGUGGAUGAGAAGGACAUUGACGAUGUGUUUAAAGCAUUGGGGAUCUUUGGAUCUACUGCUGCAGGGGAGGAUGGCUCGUCUCGUCCGGCCCUGCCAACUGAAGAAACAGAUCUUGUACAUAACAAUCAGAGUGAAGCUGAGCCUGAAAGCCUUGAAAAGACGGGAAGCCGAGAAGAAGACAACACGGUUAUAGACCUCAACGAUGAGAAGGAGCUUCUUUCUCUCUUCCCGGUGCCGAAGGCUUAUGUGCCUCUGCCGGAGUCGGUGACAUCAGUGCUCACGCCGGAAGUGCUUUCGAACAUCACGCAGGAACAGACGGCCACGUGGGAGCCUGUCAUUGAUGCACUACUAUCGAGCAGCAUAUGUGAUCCACUGUCUGGUUCCGAACUGGCCUCGCAGGCUGACUUUACCGGAUACGAUUUCCACCAGCUUGUGGCCACGAUACCAAGGAAACAGAAGGAGCCGUUGGUCGAAAAACUACACGAGUUAGCCCUGAUGAGCGGUGUGUUGUGGGGGAACGUUCAUGUGAUGAACGACUUGUUGGCCCUAUGUAACCUUCUUCCAAAUGAGAAGGGAAAGCUGCUUGUGGAGGUUCUCCUUCAGGAUAUUGAUCUGUCCUCGAAUGAUACAAGCGAUGGAGGAAGUAAGGUUGUUGCGAACGCUACAACCAAGGCCAUCUUGCUCAACCACUAUGCGAGACUUUCGGACGUGGGCAAGGUCAGAGAGUACAUUGCUGAGCUGGAUAAGCUUCCCGACUCAAAGAACCCGAUGAAGACGUCGCCCGUGAUCUACACGUCGAUCAUGCAGAUGUACAUGCGUCUCGACGACUACGAUCUAGCGAAAGAGACCUUUGACACUAUGAAGUUUCUCUCGAUGGCGACAUCGCCGUCGCCACGGACUUACACGUCGAUGAUUCUUCUAGACACUCUGCACAACAACAUCGAGCACGGAAUCGCCGUAUACAACGAGAUGCUCGAUAAGGAGGUCAAGCUAGAGCCGGACGCUUUGCUUGCGCUUGCCAAGGGCUGCGGCGCCCGUCGGGGGAUGGUUGACCAGGGCUGGGGGUUUAUCAUUGACUACUACGAGAACGGCUACGCAGUCGACAGCCAGGUGAUGGAGAUUAUGAUGUACCUUGCGUAUGUCGACGGCGACUUGCCCUUUGUGCGGGGGAUCUGGAUGAACAUCUGCGAGACCAACACAAAGCUGCAGGGCCGGAUCCAGCUGCCGCACGCCAAGUGCACCAAGUGGCUCUUCAACACAUACUACCGGGUUGGAGACAUUGUCGAGCUGGCCCGGAAUGGGACCAGCCACGUCCCUGUGGGUCUCCGGGACAGCCGGGUGAGAGCCAUCCGGAUGAAGGUGCUUGAGCUGACGAACUUCAACUUCCACGAGCAGGCACCACCUCUGCUGCCGAUGGUAGACUUCGACGGCUCCGACCCGAAGCUGAUGCUAGGCGAAGCCCGUGCGUUGUGGAAGUACCUUGUGCAGCGGAGCCAGGAGGUAGGAGAGGGUGUCGGCGGGAAGGCAUACCUCGGCGAGGCGGUGAUCGAGGCGUAUCUCUACGUCGUCGGGCGGUACGCUGCAAUGGAAACCUUCGAGCGGGAGUUCGACCGUUUGACGGUGUUUGACGGAGACGGAGAGGAGAGCGUGACCAUCGAGGAGCCCCGUGAGGGGGACGUUGACGUUGACGCCGAUGCCGACGCCGAUGCCGCCGCCGUCAAUGACGACACCGCAGCCAGAGCCGUCGCCGUGCCGCACUCCGUCUUGCCCGCCGGCCGUGUCCUCCGUACAGACAGACUGUACAACCUGUGCAUGCACACCGCCCGUCACCAGGCCUGUCUCUCUUUUGCCCAGCGCAUCUGGACCGAGAGGGGUCGGUAUCGCCGGAGCACUGCUUUUCAGGCCCUCUCCGUCCCGGACCAGGACGCCGCCGACUUCAAGUUCGCCCGCCUCAUGCUCAGCGUGCUCACCCACACAGGCGACGCCGGCGACGCCUAUAAGCUUGUUCUCAGCUCGCAGAACCGCUUCGUGUGGACCCGGUACCAUCUCAAGUCCCUACUCAUGCUCUGCGAGAGACUGGGUUACACGACCUUCGCCCGAGAGCUCGACCGGGUCGUCAAGCGGGGCCACAAGUGGGUCCGACGCCAGCAGCGCCGAGCUGCCUAG